AGUAGCACAUUCUUAGUUUGUGAGUGGUGCUGAAACCGAGGCUGCGACGUCAUGCUCUAAACUCACCACCUCACCCCGAGAGAGAGAGAGCGAGCGAGCGCGAGCGAAGCACAGCACGGCGUUAGAGACACACAAACAGAUUGGAGCUGCGGAGAGGGAAAUUGUCUGUUGACACUGAUUACUGAAACACUGCAUGAUGCGUGAAUACAAGUUGGUAGUUCUUGGCUCAGGUGGUGUUGGAAAAUCUGCUCUGACCGUACAGUUUGUUCAAGGAAUAUUUGUUGAAAAAUAUGACCCCACAAUAGAGGACUCGUACAGAAAGCAAGUUGAAGUAGAUGGACAGCAGUGUAUGCUUGAAAUCCUCGACACGGCUGGAACGGAACAAUUCACGGCGAUGAGGGACCUAUACAUGAAAAACGGUCAGGGCUUUGCGCUAGUGUAUUCCAUAACCGCACAGUCCACGUUUAAUGACCUACAGGAUUUGAGAGAACAGAUUCUCAGAGUAAAAGACACUGAUGAUGUGCCAAUGAUCUUGGUUGGCAACAAGUGUGAUUUGGAAGACGAGCGGGUGGUCGGGAAGGAGCAAGGACAGAACCUGGCAAGACAGUGGAACAGCUGCGCCUUCCUAGAGUCCUCGGCAAAGUCAAAGAUUAAUGUGAAUGAGAUCUUCUAUGACCUGGUUCGGCAAAUCAAUAGGAAAACCCCAGUACCGGGGAAGGCACGCAAAAAGUCAACAUGUCAGCUGCUUUAAUAUACAGAUGUGCUGUAGCUCUGAGCCAGGUCUGAUAAACUGUUGUCUGUUCAACAGUGCCAGCAUUCCAACUUUACUAAACCCAACAUCAAACGGACUUUCCUGUGGUGAUGCCCUUUAACAAAUGGAUAAAAGCUACUGCGUCAGUUUUUGCACAUAGAUAACUGUAAUCACUCUCCAGUACCACAAGAAAGAGAUUUUUACUUGUAUAUAAAUAUAUUCUAACUGUAUGCAACUGAAAAAAAGACAGAGCCUACACCCAGUGUUAUUGCUGAUGGAGACACUCCGUUUACCAAUGUUGUAAAUGUAAGAAACUGAUGUAUAACAUGCUGAACACUGUGCCCAGUUUUCUGCCGUAGGUAUUAUGAUGUAAUAUUGAGAGGCACCACUAUUUUAACAAAAUAAAAGUGAAAGUCCAAAGAGCUCCUAUUUAGACAAUUUCAUACAGCUAACUUUGCUCUUUUGGUAUUUGUAGUUUAUAUAUAUAUAUAUAUAUAUAUAUAUAUAUAUAUAUAUAUAUAUAUAUAUAUAUAUAUAUAUAUAAUGAUACUAGAUUAUUCCUCUUUUGUUGUAGCAAGAUGCUUUAUUGCAACAGCUAUUAAUAUGAUUUUAUCUGGGGGGGGGGGGGGGGCUGUGGAAACCGUGAUUUUCUGUGUAUGGAAAAAGUAAUGGUUUUCUGUCACUAUUAUAUUGUCUUUAGCCUAAGAUGUUGCCUUCAAAUAUUUGUUAGUUUUCAGGAGAAACAAAAAAAUAAUAAUAAUGUCAACCUUUUCUCACCUUUUUUAUUCUUAUUGUUAUUAUUAUUAUAAUAUAAUUAUGAUGUUGUUUACAUAGGGAACCAUGUUUAUAGAUGUCUGAGGGGAUCUACAACAGGAAGUAUAUAUUUUAAAAUGAGGGUUUUUUUUUUUUUUUUUUAAAGAAUGAUUAAACCAUUUAGUUUGUAAAACCAAUCUUCACACUUCUUUCUGCAGCUGUAGAUUCUCACUGUAAAUCCCCUGCUUGCUCAUGCAUCUGUUGUAAUUGAGAAAAAAACCAAAUAUACCAACUAGUUAGUAAAAUUGCCUGUUAGUAAUUUCUGUUUCACAUGUGUAAUAUUUGGGUUGAAAUGUUUCUUGGUGAACGAGUACUGUGGAUGUUAGUGGUGAAUGUUGGAACAAAAAUUUGAACUGCGUGUAAUUUGGUUACAGGGCGCAAGCUGCAGUAUGUUUAACACUCUUGUGGAUGUAUUUAAGAAUGCCUUGUUGCUUUGUGUGCAUUAACUCCUGGAUGUAAAGAUCAUGUGUGUAUCCAGUCCAGAGCCACAGUAUUUGUAAUGCAACAUCUGCUUUCAGGUGGCUAAAUGUAAACUAAAAAGCCUUAAUUAAAAGUGGUGCAAUUUUGUAUAACCUAGCAUCUGUAGUUCAAUAGAUGUGGAUUGCCAUGCAAGGGCUUGCAGUAAAGAUUAUCUGCCACUUGAAUGUUUUGUGUAUUGUUUUAACAGUGCUAGGAAAUAAAUAUUGGUUUAACUUUUUUUAAUCUUA